AUGCAUUUUUCAGCAGCAGCUAUUUCGGCCAUCUUGGCUUUUUCUGUUAUGGCUCAUCCUGGCCAUGAUAUUAAACAAGAAAUCGCCGAGAGAGCUUCUUUCAUAUCUCAGCUGAAGACGCGUGAUCUUAGCCACUGCUCUGCAGAGUUGAAGGCUAGAGGUCUUGAGCAGGCAGCUGUUGCAAGACGCUCUGCUAUUGCCCAGAAUGAGAGGAAGAAGAGAGGCAUUAGUUCUGGAAAACCUUACUUGAAAGCAAGAGAUGAGGCCACAGUUCUGAACACUACACAUUUGUCCACCGAGGAUUAUGAUGCUUCAACCGACGAGUCUAUCGUCUUCGCAGGAAACAACUCCUGUAUUCUCAGUCCAGAAGUUACCCAAGGUCCUUACUAUGUCUCUGGUGAAUAUGUCCGAUCAGACAUUGUCGAAGAUCAACAAGGAAUCGAUCUCAUUCUCGACACCCAAGUGAUUGACAUGUCUACUUGCGAUCCUGUCACCAACGCAGUUGUCGAGAUCUGGCACUGUAACUCUACAGGUGUAUACAGUGGUAUUGUCGCAUCAACAAACGGCAACUCAGCCGAUACUGCCAACAUAAACUCUACCUUUCUCCGCGGUCUUCAAGCAACCGACGCUGAAGGUGUUGCUCAAUUCAAAACUCUCUUUCCGGGUCAUUACACCUCUCGCUCAAAUCAUAUUCACGUCCUCGUACACUUCAAUGGAACUACCUAUGCUAACGGUACCUAUGGUGGCGGGGUCGUCUCACACGUUGGACAAAUGUUCUUUGAUCAAGAUCUCAUUACUCAAGCCGAGGCCAUUUCCCCAUACAACACCAAUAGACAACCAGUAACCUUGAACUCUGCCGAUGGUGUUUUGGCCGAUGAGGCUGCUUCUUCUGACCCUAUGAUUGAGUACUCUCUUUUGGGUGAAACUGUUGCCGAUGGUAUCUUUGGAUGGUUGGCUUUCGGCGUUGAUGUUUCUAAGUCUUAUAAUGUCAAGCCUGCUGCCAGUUUAUACUCCAGUGGCGGUGUAGAGAACCAAGAGGGCGGUCAUUAG